ACGGUCACCCUAAAUAAAUAAAUGACAAUUUCAAGCGGAAAAUAAACCCUAAAAAGUCAAUGAAUCGCUCGAUUUGUAAAUUGUGCACCCAACAGUGAGUGGGUAAAGUGCGAUAGUCGAGGAGACCGUCCCCAGGAGCCCUUAAUCCCGCCAAGGAGCGGAUGAAGGGUCGCUAGACGAGCCGAGGCAGUACAGCAACAAUUGUUAUUUUUCGCCCGUCGAUUUUCAGGGGGAGGGGGCUACGGACAUCAGCCCCUUCGGUUUCUAAUUGAAUUAAAAAAAGAAGGGGGAGAGGCAAUAAUACCCAGGUCAGUCCAAUAAAACCCAGGCAGCUAAGCAAUGGUCUUCAUCCGUGAUCCCUGUGGCAUCGCCUGCCUAGUAGUGACCUACGGGGCAGUUCUCUACGCGGACUAUGUUGUCAUACGCUGGAUUAUCUUGACCACAAUGCCGGGCAGCCUCUGGAUGUCUUUCCAUGUGGUGCUCUUUAAUACGGUCGUCUUCCUGUUGGCCAUGUCCCAUUCCAAGGCAGUGUUUUCCGAUCCCGGCACCGUGCCCCUGCCAGCCAACCGUCUAGACUUCUCCGACCUGCACACUACUAACAAGAACAAUCCUCCGCCCGGAAAUGGACAUAGUAGCGAGUGGACUGUGUGUACUCGGUGUGAAACCUACCGGCCACCGCGGGCCCACCAUUGUCGGAUUUGCAAGCGGUGCAUCCGAAGGAUGGAUCACCAUUGCCCCUGGAUCAACAACUGCGUGGGAGAGCGCAAUCAAAAGUACUUCCUACAAUUCCUCAUCUACGUGGCACUGCUUUCUCUCUACUCCAUUGCCCUCAUAGUCGGCUCCUGGGUGUGGCCUUGCGAGGAGUGCAGCCAGAACGUGAUUGAAACCCAGUUGCGAAUGAUUCACUCGGUUAUCCUAAUGCUGGUAUCGGCCCUGUUUGGUCUGUUUGUUACGGCCAUCAUGGUGGACCAGUUGCACGCGAUUCUGUAUGAUGAGACGGCCGUAGAGGCGAUACAGCAAAAGGGCACCUACCGACCCAACCGGCGCAAGUAUCAACUCCUGGCGGACGUCUUCGGACGCGGACAUCCGGUGCUUUGGCUGCUGCCGUGCACCAGUCUGAACCACGCCUCCCGCUACCACGAUACGCCUCUUCUGAGCCACGAGGUCUAGGGUCAGGAAAUAUUCUUUAUAUUUUGUCCUUGUGUUUACUGUGCGGCUAAGAGAGCCCAAGAAUGUUUUUAGUUUUAAAUUACUGUGUGAUUUUUUAAUCAGCCUCCCCCACCCGCAGCCAGUUAAAUUGAUGUGUAUGUCGUAUUAUGUAUUAUAUGCAGAUUCCAACUUAAUUUAUGCUUUAGUUUAUAAUGUUUUGAAAUUAUAAAUAUAAUGAAAGCAGCGUCGAGACAUGGAUAUUUUAUAAGGAACUUUUUGCAAUUGCUUGUUUGAUAAUGCAUACGUAGAUCAUUUGUACACCGAUAUGAAUCUUCGGCCACCCGGGGUAUUUUUACCAGUAUCCGACUAAGCAGUACAUUCUAAUCUGAGACGUUUAAAAAUCUCAAUUGUAUACAAUACUACAUAGAUAUAAACAUAUACCGAGCUAGAGUAUAAGUCCUUGUAAAAGCAUUUACGAUACGCCCGAGAUAGACGCAUAUACCAAAAACAUAAACAGAGAGAUCAAAACUCAUUUAAAAUAGUGAGCAGCAAUAGUUUGUAAUAUUUGUAAUCACGUCUUAGUUGUAGUUUAUUGUUCUUUUGACAUUUACGACCUUCGAGCAGCACUAACAAGAAUUUGAAUGUAACACCAUUAUCCGCAGUUUGUGACCCUUGAAUAGUUUCCAAUAAAGCUAUCCGAUAUGCAUAAGUAA